AUGUGGUUCUCAGCACGGUCCUGUCUCGUCGCCGCAGCUCUCUUCUAUGCAUCCAACGCUCUUCCACAGGCCACAAGUGCUGAUGAUUCGACAUCAGACGGCGCCAGCGCCCCCGUCGCCUGCAACAAUUCGCCUUCACUCUGCUCCCGCCGCUACAACGAGGUCACACAUCUCGGUGCCCACAAUUCGUAUGCCCUCCGCGAUGCCUCAACGGACAACUCGAUAUCAGGGAACCAGUACUUGAAUGCCACCCGGGCGUUAGACGCUGGCCUGCGGUUGCUGCAGGUUCAGACGCAUCAAGGCGACACCACGCUCCAGCUGUGCCAUUCGUCGUGCAGUUUGUUGGACGCAGGACCGCUAGAGGAUUGGCUGAAGCUGAUCAACACGUGGAUGAAUGAGAACCCCAACGAGGUUGUGACGCUCCUUGUCGUCAACGCCGACAACGCCGUCCCCGCUGACUUUCAGUCGGCUCUGGUCCAGUCCGGCCUGAGCGAGAGGUCGUACGUGCCGACCACAGCAGGCGCAACGGCCGAUUGGCCGACGUUGCAGACCAUGAUCGACAGCAACACCCGCUUCGUCUCCUUUGUCACCAACCUCGACUAUGACGCCACCGCCGCGCCCGCGGUGCUGCCAGAGUUCGACUACGUCUUUGAGACGCCCUUUGACGUCCAGGAGCUAGACGGGUUCAACUGCACGCUUGAUCGGCCCUCGGGUCUGGACUCGGCCACGAAUGCGUUGAGCCAGAACUACCUGUCCCUCGCGAAUCAUUUCAAGUACAGUUCCCUGGGCACGCUGGGCAUCAGCGUGCCAGACGAGGACAACAUCGAGACCGUGAACAGCAAGUCUAUCUCCGAGGUGGGCGCGUUGGGCACGCACCUCGACGCUUGUCGCCAGGAGUGGGGCGGGGUUCCAAACUUUGUCCUGGUCGACUUCUUCAACGCAGGCGAAACGAUUGUGGCGCUCGACUCGAUCAACGACGUCUCUGAUGCCGAGGGCAGGACCCAGCCAGAGGACGGCGGCAGUGGUGCCGGACUGAAUGCCGCGGGCAGGCUGCACAGCACGUCUUUUGGUGCUUUGGUGGCCUUUGGGGCGGCGGUCUUCUUGCUUUGA